CAUCGACAUAGCUCCCACCCGUGAGUUUCGUAAGUAUCUUGUGUAAGGCUGUUAUAACAUAGCCUUCAAUGGCUAUUACAUAUAUCUGUAGUAGCUAUCUACAGUGUUUCCAGAAGUCCGGAAAAUUGUCAGUCGCUCACGUCCCAUGUGAAGAUGUAUCCGAAAAGAAAAAGUAAAAUGUUUAGUCAAAUUAUUUCGGCAGAAAUUGCUUUAGGUCUUGUUCUGUGUACAGCAUAUCGGAUCAUUUCGAAGAACAUUUUCAGUCAACAGGAGGAGAGUCAACCGGUUGACAGUGAACAGUUUGAGCUAACAAGGUCACUAGUGUGUGUAUGGCUUGCAAGCAACAUAAAGUUCCUACUCAUUAAAUGCAACAGCAAUCCAGUUUCACUGUCUGCACAUUCAACAUCCAGGCUGAUUGCAUUUCUGGCACUUCUACUGGAUAGCUGCUACGGAAUUAAUUCUCAGAGAGUAUAUACUAACGAACGGUCUACAGUGGACAUGGCUGUGUGCUCUUUCUUCAUAGUGAGCAGUGUUGUCCUCUUCUUUUUGGACCAUAGCCAGCUGCAGAACAGAGUGGACUUGCGCAUGAUCUUCAGUGACUCUCAGAAGUUCUUCCUUCAGAUGGACUUUUUUGCCACCUUUGUCUUUGGCCUCCUCUGGCUGGCCUUCCCCGAUUGGCUCCUAGGAUUCCAGCCCAUUGCAGGUUCUAAGGACAUCUUCCAUCUUCACCUCAGUAGAGCCUUUGGCGCCAUGAUGGUUGGUGACAGUUUUGUCUCUUUUACAACACAGAAUUUCCAACCCAACAAAGAAAAGCCGUCAGUGUUCAUAAGCCGAGCAGUGGGCAGCUUGGUGCUGCUGGUGUUCCUGGUCCACUCUCAGCUGAGCACCUCUGCCUGGGCCCCUGCCCAGGUCUGGUUUGGCCUGGUGGGAGCCAGCCUCUGGACAGGAAACUCCAUCUUAGGUUACCUCAGCUCUAAACAACAAAAUAUGUAAGAAGUCCAUUCACACAGACACUGAACACAACAGUCACAACAUAACAGGCAGAAGUUACAUUGAGCCCUCUCCUGUGUCCCACAAGACUGUUAGCCUGCUUAAGUGAAGCUGAUCACGUGAGCAUGGUUAAUCAAACCAUAGCUGUUGCACAGAAAGCAGAGGCAGAUUCUCUGGGAACCUGGAGUGACUUUGAAUGAGUGAUUAUUUAUUGUUAAACUAUUUCCAUCCUAUGUUGUUCAGUCUUAUGAUUUUCAUACUUCACCAUGAAGGAUAUGGUGAUGGUCAUUGCUGACGGAGGUGGAAAGAGACUUUGGAAAUCUAAAUGUCUAAAUAUACUGUACUGUACAUUUGUAAAAGUGUAAAUGUGUAACUAUGAACAUAAAUAUUUUUCAAUUCUACCUAACCUUUUGUAAAUCCAUUAAACUAAUGAAUUCA